UCGAAUGAAACCAGUGUCCCUCCGAUCGUCAACGUUACACUAUAUAUCCGUUGUCGUCGUCGUCGUCGUCGUCGACGGUUUAAAACCGCGACGACGUUUAUAUUCAUUUCCCGGUUUGUCGACGUCGCGCACUGUUUUAUUAUUUUCUUGUGCGAUUUAAUAAAUUCGUGACUCAUUUUGCAAAAUUAAAAAAAAAAAUUAAAUUUACUUUCUACCAUUUCAAGUUUCGCGCCAUUAUCCCUUUUCCAAGAUUGUCAACCUGUACCUUUCAACCCACCCCCCCAACCCUUUUUCUGAUCCCCGCCAUAUAUCAUUCGCCCGGCAGCCGUUGUUUUCGUGACAAUUUUACAACGAUUUGCCGGUAUUUUGUGAAAAUUUUUUGUUACUCCCUCUUUCUCAACAGCGAAUGUUAAUAGCCCCCCCCCCAAAUUGUUUUUUCAGUGCGUGGUCCUUAUGGCAAAAUUGUGUUGGUGAUUAUUACUUAAUUUGAUUCACCUUCACCACGAGAGAAUGUCUUCACUACGAACACAAUCCUCCGGUGGAGGUGUUAUGGGCUUAAGUAGUGUAGGAUCAGACAGAACGGGUGUUGCAUCGACAGUAGGUGGUUCUCAUUCUCAUUCACACAGAAAGCAUCAUCAUCAUCAUAGAAGUAGAAGUGCUCCUCGAGCACCAGAGAAACCACCGAGGAAACGUCACCUUAAUCCCGGAUACAGUCUCGCCUCCAUUCCCAGUCAAAUCAAACUUUCUAUGCUCAACAGUGGACUCAUUUCAUUCGCUGCUGAGGAACUUGGUAUGGGCGAAACUCUGCCAUCAACGCCAACGGAGCUUUCGCAAUACCCAAAGCUUUGUGAACUUCGAAGGAAGUUUCCGGUUCUGUAUCGUGUGGAGUUUCAGACAGCAAUAAAAACAGCGGAAGCACAACAAUGUAGACACGCCACGAAGCCUAAUAAUAGAGAAAAGAAUCAAAACCAAAAAUGUAUUCCAUACGACUACAAUAGGGUGGUGCUGGAUUCAAUACCAGGCGAGCCUGAUUCGGAUUACAUAAAUGCAUCGUACGUCGAUAGUUUAUUGAAGCCUAAUGCAUACAUUGUGACUCAGGGACCUACAGAACAAACUGUAACUGAAUUUUGGCGUAUGGUAUGGCAGGAAAAGGCAUCCUGCAUAGUCAUGCUCACAAAAACAUUCGACUUCAUCAAGGUAAUGUGUGUUCAAUAUUGGCCGCCAAAUAAAGAAAAAAAUGAAGAAUAUGGUGGAAUCGGAGUUUCGGUACUAAAAGUUGAGGAAUUGGCUAAUUUUCACAUAAGAACAAUAAGGCUUUACAAAAAGGAUGAAAAUGGAGAAGUUACGGAAGAGAGAACUUUACUUCAAUUUCACUACACGGAAUGGCACUCGCAUACGUGUCCUUUUGGAAAUGCAGUUCUAGAAUUUCGUAGACGUGUUAGAUCUGUUGUUGGUUCAACGAUAAAAAAUGAAACCGGUCCAAUGAUUGUUCAUUGCAACGACGGGGGUGGAAGGUCAGGAGUUUAUUUAGCGAUAGAUGCAAAUAUGGAACUCGCCGAGGAAGAAGAUACAUUUGACGUGUUUGGCUAUUUAAAGAAGCUUAAAAAAAGUCGAAAGGGAUUAAUUGAAAAUCUGGAUCAGUACAAAUUUAUAUACGACACCUUGGAGGAGUUUGUGAUAUGUGGUGCGUCGUGGUUUCCAGUCUCAGAACUGUCGCAACGUUUGAAGCAGAAGAGUAUAAAAAAUCCGAUAACCAAGAUGAAUGAAUACCAGAGGGAAUAUCAGCAAAUAUGCAAGCAAACACCACGAUUUACAAUAGGUGAUUGCGCUGGUGGACAUCGUGCAGACAAUAGAGAGAAAAAUAGAGAUGUACUUGUCGUACCACCUGACAACUUCCGACCAUAUCUUCAAAGUUUUCAGGGGAAUAUUUAUACCGACUACAUAAAUGCCGUCUUCGUUGACGGUUACACAAAACCACGAGAAUAUAUCGUUACAGAAUGGCCACUUCGUCACACGUGUGGUGAAUUUUGGUCUUUGGUUUACGAUUAUGAAUGCGCGGCAGUCGUGGUUUUAUGUGUACCACCUCAGGGAUCAACUAAUUUUCCCACAUUUUGGCCAGAGGGUAGACAUUCCAAGAAAUAUGGACCAGUUUUCACGAUAGAUCACAUCAGUCACAAUCAUUACACCAACAUUAAAACUUGGGUCUUUAGGAUAAACAAGAAAAUUGUGUCUUUAACGGAAUUAAUGGCAGGUGUAAAAGCACCUCCAAAGACUGUGCAACUCUUUCAAUUGACUUGUUGGCCAAUGGGACAUAAAGUCCCAACGUCUACAAAUAGUCUUGUUGAAUUGAUGAAUAUGGUGGAGAGAUGGAGGCAAAGGACAGUUUAUGGACCAGUUGCAGUUGUUUCACCCGAUGGUAGAAGUCGUGUGGGAGUUUAUUGUGCAGCCAAUGCCUGCAUCGAGCAAGUUAUUCAACAUGGCGAAGUUGACAUUUUCCAAGCAGUUAAAACUGUCCGCAGGCAUCGACCUCAACUCGUGGAAAAUAUGACUGAAUACAAGUACUGCUAUGAUUUGGUGUUGCAUUAUGUGUUGCACUACUUGAACAAGGAUAUGAACGAAAAAAAGUGAGAAAGCGAGUUGAGGGACGAGCUAUGGUUCAUCGAAUUUGGCCGCGGGGUGG